CUCCACCUUCUGGCCAUUCUCGCCCUCUUUGCUCUGCACCAAAUUUGUUCAAGUAAAUAUAAUGGGGAAGAAGAAUAUCGAGGAAGGGGACUUAUCUAUGGUUUCCGAUCCGAUGCUGGAAUCUCCGGCGAUGAUGGCGAGCGGUGCUGCAUAUAUGCCGCCGAUCUGAUCUCUCUCUUCUAAAUCGUGACGAUUUCUUCUCCGAUCCCACUGCAUGCACGAAGCAGCGAUGGAGCUCCAUCCUCCGCCGGCGAUCUUCGGUUUUUCCGGCGAACAGACAUCGGCGGCGGUUAAUCCUUCCGGCGACCAAACUAUCGAGGGAGUAUCUUUUGAAGGCAGCCAAUCUGGUCCCUUCAAUGGAGCUUUAUCAUGUUUGCUUCUGCUGCUCUCCUCAUUCUCACACUGCCAAGCGCAGUUGUCCCCUACAUUUUACGAUAAGACAUGCCCUAACGCUCUAAACAUAAUUCGCACUGCCAUAAGGCAAGCAGUUUCUCGUGAGCGCCGCAUGGCUGCCUCCUUGCUUCGUCUCCAUUUUCACGACUGCUUUGUCCAGGGUUGCGACGCUUCCAUCUUACUGGACGAGUCACCAACCAUUGAGAGCGAAAAGACGGCGUUGCCAAACCUUGCCUCUGCCAGGGGUUACGACGUGAUAGAGUCUGUCAAGCUCGAGUUGGAGAAAGCUUGCCCCGGUAUUGUAUCUUGUGCUGAUGUAUUGACGGUGGCUGCACGUGAUGCCACUGCUGCUGUGGGAGGUCUGUCUUGGACAGUGAAGCUGGGGAGAAGAGAUUCAACCACAGCUAGUCGUACCAUAGCUGGAACCGAUCUCCCCAGCCCUUUUGCCAAUUUGGAUACACUUAUAUCCAGCUUUGCAAGCAAAGGCCUUAAUACAAGAGACAUGGUUGCCUUGUCUGGUGCACACACUCUCGGUCAAGCUCAAUGCUUCCUAUUUCGCGAUAGAAUUUAUGGCAACCGUACUGACAUUGAUGCCGGUUUUGCUAACACUAGACGACGCCGAUGUCCUAAAGACACUGGAAAUGGAAAUUUGGCACCGCUUGAUGUAGUGACCCCAAAUUCCUUCGAUAACAACUACUACAAGAACCUAUUGCAAAAGAAAGGUUUGCUUCAAUCGGAUCAAGUUCUAUUCAGUGGUGGAGCUACAGACAGCAUAGUUUCAGAGUAUGCAAGGAGCCCACAGGCAUUCCAAGCAGAUUUCGCAUCAGCUAUGAUUAAAAUGUCUGAAAUUCAGCCACUCACAGGUCAAAAUGGUAUCAUUAGGAAGGUCUGCGGUGCUUUGAACUAGCUUCAUUUCUUCAAUUUGUUGUGCUUUGAUCGUUAGGAAGGUC